AGGGUAUAAAGGCGUCCCCCCUUCUCGAGAGAGUUGCUGGAAUUCGUGUCAACAGGCAUCGGCUCUUUCACGAUAAGUCACUACUUGGACGUUUACGAAAAGGGAUCGCAUCAUCCCCUCGACCUGAACUAAAAGCGUCAUAGUCGCGUCUAUUCGUGUUACUUGUAUCCUUCGGUUACCCUCCGCACCCUUAUCUAGACUGAGCCCCGCUAUCUACCCCGCUACGAUCCGUUCGCGUCAGCCUUAAAAAAGACCAAACACUAACAGCGGAAAACUCCCAUCGAAAACAUCAAACAAACACCCUUACCAAGCAGAACAAAAAGAAAAAGAAGGAAACAUCUCAUAAUGCCCCACUACCUUCAACAAUCAACCAGAAAGUCCGAUCUGCCAAUCCCCCUGGACUACCGGGUGAUAGAUGUGCUCCUGGACCACUGCCGGAAGGGCGACAUCACAGAGCUACAGCAACUGCUCUUCGUGCUGGUGAACGAGUCCCCACCCUCAGUCAUGCCUUUGGACCUCCUAACAGCCUCCAAAGGCAAAGAAUCAUUGAACAACACCCUCCACAUGGCUGCCGCGAACGGUCAUUACGGUACUUCAUUCCUUCCAUCCGUUUCACCUCUCCACUCCUUUUGCUUACUCCACCCACAGAAGUCGCCAGAUACCUCUUAACCCUCCUCCCAAAGGCCACCCCGGCAAACCCCAACCCAAUCAAACCCCACCCAUUCGUGGCCCAGCGUAACAGCAGCGGGAACACGCCGCUGCACUGGGCUGCCUUGAACGGACACCUGGACAUCGUCAAGCUGUUGAUGGAUCGCGGAGGCGCGGACCCCUUGGUUGCCAAUAAUGCCGGGCACAACGUCCUGUUCGAAGCCCAGUCAGCUGGUAAGGAGGAUGUGGCCAAGUUCCUUUUGGAAACAUGUCCAGAAUUGGCGGCCCCCGUUGGACGCACAGAGGAGGGGGAGGCAGCGGAGGAAGGGGAAGGGGCGGGGAAGGGAAAGGAACCCGAAACCCAGCCGGUCACCGGGGGGAUGGAAGAGUUGAAUGUUUCCGCUGGAGAUACUAAGACUGGCGAAGCUGGGAGCGCUUGAACAGUGAGGAAGCGGGGGGUGGUUGGUCGGUUAGCUAGUUUCUUCCAUAUUUUUCAUGUAUCCCACGAUAUCAAUCUCUUUACCGACCCCCGCCUACCACAGUGGCACAAGAGAAGAAAAGAAAAAAAAUAAUAAGAAAUAUUAAUCCCCC